AUGGGCUCAGCUGGACCACAAACAGUCCGCGUGGCGGUCACCCAACACGAGCCCGUCUGGCUGGACUUGGAGAAGACCGUGGCCAAAACCAUCGCCAUCAUCGGAGAAGCAGCUCAAGCUGGAGCCAAACUUGUUGCAUUUCCCGAAUGUUGGAUCCCAGGCUACCCAGCAUGGAUCUGGUCGCGCCCAGUCGACUUCGAUCUUGGCGUGAAGUACGUCCAAAACUGCCUCAAGGUCGACAGUCAUGAGAUGAAGCGCAUUCAAGCAGCCGCCGCCGAAGGCCAGAUCAGUGUGGCUCUUGGCUUUUCCGAGCGCGAUGGCGAAUCAGUCUAUAUCGCCCAGGCAUUAAUCGACGAGAACGGCGAGCUCAAGAUGACCAGACGUAAGAUGAAGCCCACGCACAUGGAGCGAACGAUCUUUGGCGAUGCGAGCGGUCAAUGCCUUGCUCCGGUGGUCGAUGUUCCGGAAGUUGGCCGAGUGGGAAGUCUGUCGUGCUGGGAACACAUGCAGCCUUUGCUGAAGUACUACACUUUUGCGCAAAGCGAGCAGAUCCACGUUGGCGCAUGGCCUCCUCUCGAUGGGUUCAUCCAGGGAUCUCCAGGCUUUUAUUCCAUGUCGACUGAAGGAUGCCGAAAUCUCUCACAGUCGUAUGCAAUGGAAUCUCAGAGCUUCGUGCUCCAUACUACAACCGUCAUCACCGAAGCUGCAACAAAGCAGAUGGGUACGGCGGGCGCUCCAAUCAUGGGACAAUCGAACGUUGGCAGUUCGGCUGUCAUUGGCCCUGAUGGUCGAAUCUUGAGCGAUCCAAACAACCCCAACGAAAAGCUCAUCAUUGCGGACUUGGAUCUUUCCCAAGUCACAAAGGCGAAGACAUUCGCCGAUGCCAUUGGCCAUUACUCAAGGCCUGAUUUGUUCUGGCUUGGAUGCGAUCCGGAGAAGAAGCUUGUUGUCAGAGCAGAGUCGAAGUGA